AUGUCCAGCUCAACUUCAUCUUCUGAACGCUCUUCUCGGGCACACAGCCUUUCGUCAACCUCCCUGUCGUCUUCGAGAUCUAGUUCAUCCUUCUUCUACCACAAUUCUGAUGCUUCCAGCUUACAUACAGAGGCUUCGGCUAGCCCCCCAAGCUCUCCAAAUCUGCAUACAUCAUCCCAAAAGACCAAGGAUUUCAUAGCUGCGGCAUCCGCAAAGCUAUCCAAAGCCCGCGAGCAGGUCUCGCACGCACUCAGCGACGCUACCCCUAAGGAGUCCAAGUUCCGUCUCACCAUAAACCCCGCUAUUGUCGAGGAGGAUGUGGGAUAUGAGUCGGAUGAUGAUGUUCGUGGGGCGAAUAUGAAAGCUCCCCUAAGCCCCCAGAAGACAAGACCCAAGUUCUUACGGGUGGACACAAAGCAACGCAAACGAGCUGCUUCCAUCCUGUCCCUCCACCCAUUCAGUGCUACCACUAAAGCCGCUGCUCCUAACUCUCACAAACGCUCGCUCGCUCGUCUUGAUGUUAUUUCUAACACGCGCGCUGUUCCGGAUUACGAGCUCACCCCUAUGACGAUAUCGAAGCUGCCUGCUGGACUUGGCCUGGCUCUACCGUCCGUACAUAUUUCGAAACCCAUCCCUCGCGCUUGCACAAUGCCAACCAUGAAGUCUUCAUCUGGACACAAUCUCAAGGAUUCACUUCCGCAUCACCCGCCAAAUCUACCGCCGCAGACCUCCUAUCCGCGUGAGCCGCCGAAGGUUUAUCUUCGCCCCAUAGAGCUCCCUGGCACGCCGUCCCCUAUGGAGCUUCUGCCCCCUAGCAUCAUCUUGUGUGAGAGUCUAAGCGGAGGGGUUAUGCAGUCCUCUUCCAUGCUUCCUUCGCCGGCUGAAGAAUUGUCGCCACUCUGGACGCUCCCUCCCCUUGCGGACUUCGCGACAUCUGAAACAACGUCUCAGAGUCCUCUGUUACUUGGUGAGGGCGGUAAUGGAGGCUGGAACCCAUACUUCCCAUCCAUCUAG